ACAACAACAAGUCCAUCGGCCAUCUCAGGCUUGUCAACCAAGAUCAUCGUCCACGAUAUCGGUGCAACUACCAUUCCGUCAGGACAAGCCUCACAACUCAAGAAAGGUCUACUAUUCGUAAGCACGCCAAUCGAAGCUGCCACCGCCUCCGACAAGCAAUUCUUGCGAGAGGACCUUGGAAUACAUACCAUCGUCAACACGCUCCAAAGGCAAGAUGGCCCUCGCUAUAUCUUUCACGGCCCAGCACUAGAGAAGAAGACCGAGGACUUUUGCCUUGAAGAUGUUUUGGGGUUGAAGCUCUGCUGCGUCGUGUUUCGAAAUGAUGCAUUUUGGCUAAAACGAUUUGGCGCUCAGNNGAAAUUCAAGUGGGACACGGUAGCCAUCGAUGAUCGCAAUGAUCCAGCACUGCAGGAGAAAGCCAGGGACCUGGUGUGGAAACGAAGCAAUGUUGACGAUAAUGCUCUAGUCCUCAUCUUAUCUGCACCAAUCAUAGGCAGAUUGUUCAAUGAGGUUCUAAGUAAACCAGACUUCUAUCCCAUCGUCAUUAGCGGCGACCGUAUCAUGCGAGACAACUCACUGUUGGUCUUUCUCCUACUUCUCGUUCUCGACACUCCUUUCUCGGUCGUCGAGCACAUAUACCUACAAAUUAGUGAGGGGCUUCCUUUCAAAUUCGAUGAGAAGAGUGAUAGACAGUGGGAAAGCAACUGUCGAUUUGAGUCCUCUGCUUGGGCUCAAGAUCGUUCGCGAUGGGCAAGCGUGCUGAGGCAGCGUUUGGAAGGCAGGUACGGCUCUGUGUCGGCAUAUUUCACAACCAUUGGUGUGACUGAGUCAACGAGGAACAACAUCAAGGAUAUCCUGCUGGCUGGCGAGAGUAAGGCUCUCAUCGACUUCUCAUAG